CAUUAUCCAAUUUCUAGACUCUACUAUACUCUGCUGCUCAAACUCACCGAAAAGGGUUACUAUUAGGGUUACAAUUUAUCCGAUAAUGGCGUUCGCAAACUAUUCAUCACUUGUUCAUAUGGAAACAUCAUCAAAACAUUCUAUACUAACUUCUUCUUUUGCAAUUUCUCCAAAAUCAUCGUUAUCGACAUCUUCCUUAUUUUCAUCUCAUUCCCGCAACCGUGAAUCACGAAGGCUUUCGAGUUUUCCGGAUAUCCUAAGAAUUCAUCGAACAGUUGCAGUCAAACCACAAGCUUCUGGGGCCAAUUUAGUUGCUGAUGCAUUUUCUGAAUUCAAACACCUUCUUCUUCCAAUAACAGAUAGGAAUCCUUAUCUCUCUGAAGGAACUAGACAUGCUGCAGCAACUAUAGUUGCUUUGGCCAAGAAAUAUGGUGCUGACAUAACUGUUGUGGUCAUUGACAAAAAGCUGAAAGAAUCAUUACCUGAACAUGACACUCAACUUUCAAGCAUCUGUUGGCAUUUGUCUGAAGGGGGGUUCCAAGAAUUCAAGCUUUUAGAGAGACUUGGGGAAGGAAGCAAACCGACUGCAAUUAUAGGUGAAAUUGCAUAUAUGAUAUGAAUUUAUAUUUGGUUA